AUGAAUUUUCCUCUGACAGUUCCAUUCAAAAAGUAUCUUAAAUCCCCCUUCGAUUAUUUUGUGGCAAGACGAAAUUGUUUUAGAUGAGAAUUUUAGGCUUCAAUUUUGAUCCCUGGGACACCCCUUGGCGGAAAAGGCUCCACUUUCUAGCAGCCGGUGCUUGGGUGUUUGUGUUCUUGUUUGGCGGAUUUGUCGUGCUACUUUUAUGCAUCUACUUAAUAUUUACUCCUUUACGGUGGUUAGUUUUGUUCUACUUCUGUUGGAUUUAUUACGACAGGAAUACUAAAGAUAGGGGAGGUAGACCUAUCGAAUGGAUAAAAAACUUCAAGUGGUACAAAUACACUGCUGAGCAUUUCCUCAUAACCGUAAAACUCGCACCUGGCUUCCAACUUGACUCAAAUAAAAAUUACUUAUUUGCAUGUUUUCCGCAUGGAGUUAUACCUAUGGGGGCCUAUCAUGCAAUCGCCUGUAAUCAUUCACGAUUUCGGCAGUUGUAUAAAAAUUUUAAUUUUAAAGUAGCGAUCCUUUUGAUUCAGCUUUUAUUCCCUUUAACACGAGAAUUAAACCUGGCACAAGGAGGCAUCUCUGCAUCGUCUGAAUCGCUCAAUUACGCUUUAAGUAGACCGCAAGGUGGACACAUUGUGCUUCUUUUUCCUGGAGGUGCUUUAGAAGCUACUUACACAAAACCAGGAUUUUACAAAUUCGUUGUCAAGAAAAGGAAAGGUUUUGUCAGAGUCGCGCUACAAAAUGGGGUUCCUUUGGUACCGGUUAUAACUUUCGGAGAAAAUGAUUUGUAUAAUAUAAUUGGAGAUAAUUACUAUUGGCGAAUGUUUCAAAAUAUUACCAGGAAGGUAACUGGUUUUACUCCUCUUAUUUUUAACGGAAGAGGGGUUUUUCAAAGUUCAUUUGGAUUUGUACCACUGGAGAGGCCUCUGAUGACUGUUUUGGGUAAGCCCAUUGAAGUCACCAAGGCAGAAAAUCCGACUAAGGAGCAGAUCGACAAGCUUCAUCAAAAAUUUCAAGAAGAACUCGUAAAUUUGUUCGAAAAAUAUAAAUAUCAAUUUUUUGAUAAUCCUCAAGACAAGUGCCUCGAAUUAGAAUAAAAAAAUCUAAGCAAUAUUCUGUCCAUCCCACUUAGAAGAACAUUUAAACUAGUAAGAAAUCUUGUAGAAAAAAACGUAAAUCGCAAGCCUUGUAAACAAACAUAUUAUUGACAUUAUAUUUUCC